ACACGCACGCACACACAGCACGACUCGAACGCGUCGCGUCUCUUCUCUCUUUUCUCCCGUCCUUUGUCCCUCUGCCCUGCAGGCCUCUCUGCCUCCGCCCCGCAGUUCCGCACCCACCCUACGCUCUCCUCCCUCUCCACGGAACGCCUCGCGAGGGAACGCCCACGCAGCUGCCGGGAGGAUUCGGCGGGCGUCCGCCUGGACGCGAAAUGCCCGCCCAGAAGGGCCCGCUCCCGUCGCCCACCCCCGAUGAUUCCGAAGGCCGCGUCGCAGUGCGGCACACCGCCGCCAGCGGUGAUGGAGGCAGGAGCGGAGCCUCACAUGAGAUGGAUGGGGAGGCCUCCGCGCGUCAGGAGAGCCCACCGCAUCGGGGACCUCGCGACGGUGAUCCCGACGAUAAGGAAGAGGGUGGCUGCGGCGGAGGCGACGGAGUCGACACCACCAGCGAAUCGUCUCUGACUCCGAGCGCCGGAAGCAUGGACGAGUAAGCCAAAUAACGCCCGCUCUAUUGUCAUCUCUCACCCUCUGACCUCUCCCAGGUUGCCUAGGCUAUCCAGUCACCCAACGACCUCGUCGUAGCCUCGUGUCUAGUGCGCUAGCGGCUAGCUGCUAGCUCCAGUUCGUAGUCGUCCACUCGUCCUGCACGCUGGCAUCCGGCAAGGCACGUGCUGACCCGGUGAACUGAGCGGAGAGUGUUAGAAUAGAACAAUGUGCUAGACGAUUGCUUCCUUCGGAAUGUUUUUAAUUAACCUCUGGUCAUGGUGUCCACGAGCUGAUCACGAGCUAGCGCACUGGCAGCAAGAUAUAUGGACCAUUGCUAGAAGAAUUGAACGUGCGUGGAAUCGGGUUUUCGAUGGUAUGCAUGUCUCCGCCAUGGUGACUGCUUUCGUUGAGAUGGCACGAGCUGUGGCGGCGAGUAUCAGGAGCACCAUAGUCCAUACUCCAUAUCAACAUUAACGCUUCCACGGCGUACCCACUGAGGCCUGAGGGCGAGUCACGCCUCCUUCUUAGUCCCUCGAGCUCACGUCGGCCUCUUCACUUCUCCAUAGACAGUGUGAAAUGCAAGAGUUUGCUAUUUAAUAUAGUCUCUGUCUUUCUGGUUUAUGGUCUCUGUUAACAGAAGCUUCUAGUAGAGUUUUGAUUCUUGCUCACAGCCUCGAUCGUUUCCUUUUCUCCCCAAUCCCAAGAGAGCUAGCUGCUCCUGCUCCUAUCCUUCCCCUCCUGCAACCGUGGACUAAAAGUUCAGGGUUCAUGUAUUUUUUUAAGCAGACGCAUAAGGGAAUAUAGAUAUACAACUUGCAACGUUGUACCAAUCACAUCAAACAACCAGAUAAAACUAAUAAAGGUAGCGACUAGCGUAUCGUUAUCAGCCAGCCUGACAAUUAAUUUGUAGCCUAAUGAACUGAAUAGUUGCAAUGAGGGCCUGUAACCUCCACACCAGGAUAACUUGAAGUUUCAACGCUGUUAGGAGUAGAGUUGUGUGAAUAACUGGACAUAACUUAUUAAUGUCUUAUUUUGCAUGCCUAGCGUCUUCGUCAGGAACUGAAAGGAAAUGUUUUGUGGCUCCCUCGCAAGUGACUUCUCCAUUGACAUAUGCCCUUCCUUUCCCCGAUAAAACAGUGCCAUUCCAUCCUGGGAGCCCUUGGUUCGAUUGUACUCAUGUACUGACAUAGUGGCCCUUUUGUUUUCAGUCUUCUUCCUUGCUGGUACGUCGGUGUCGGUGACUUGCUCGGUUGUCUGUUCCACUGAUCACCGUUGCUAGUCGUCGUUUGAUCUGUCGUCAUGCAGUAUCAAAGUUGGCCUCUCUUGACCAUCCCCCUGCUGUAAGCUAUGCAAACUGAAGAGUCUACGUUGUGUUUUCAUCUUGGAUGAUUUCCUUCCAACGUGCGCCGGCAUGAGAUUUCCUGGACUGGUCAGAUACCAAUCAUAAGCGAGGCCGCAUGAGAUUUCCUGGACUGGUCUCCACGAGACACCAGCCCACCGGGCGCCGGCUGCUGGAGACUAGAAAGCUUGACAGAGAACCAACCGGCAGCUUAGAGCGUGAACAAUGAAGAUUGAUUACACGCAACUGGCCGACACUCCGGGUGAGAGAGGCGGAGCCAAGCCAAGCCAAGCCUUAACCAAGGGUUAUCCGCAGCUUGCAGACGCCGGGAUCACCGGUCACCGGCAGAGGUCAGUCUCGAGCCGCUCGCCGCAUAGCAUAGCCGCAUAGGUGAGUCGAGGACGUCGAUGCCUCUGUGGCAAAUAAACAACACGCACAAAGCCGGGGACGGAGGGACGCGCAGCAGCGAUUUGCCUCUCCCGUGUUCUGCAAUCUCGAUCAGCCUCAAUCUGAUACAAGAAGUAAGUCAAGAACACCCGCGUGUUCUCACGUGGAUCGAGCGCCGCCAAGCGGCCAUGCGGUAUGCAAAUACUACAGCCCACGGCUUCCUCUUCCUCGCUAGGCAGAAUCGGAGCCACAACCGCCAACCCAAGGAACGCGGAGCGCGGCGAGGCGGCCUUCACGCCUGCAUGCGCCGCCCGUGCGUCGCUUGCUGUUUGUUGCCGCCCCGCCUCUGGACUCUCGCGCGACUUCCUAAGCCAGUCAGAGAAGCAGCAGGCGCCGGUCCCCACCGGCAGCCUCUCAGAUAGACCCAAACCUGCGAUGCAAACCCACCACAAGACGAACACCUCUCGCAACUCGCGAGCCCCUGCCUAUUUCCUCUUCCCUCCGAAGUCCGCAUCCCUUCCAGGCUCUCGCAUCUACCUGGCCACCUCCCACCUCUCUCCAUAUACUACCCCUCCCCCUCCUCCGCAUCCUCCCCGUCGAGCCACACCACCUCCCCUCCCUCCCAAACCCCAGCGCCUCGGCAGGGUGGUGAACCACCGCCCCCGCGCCCUUGCUGCAAUCCGAGAACCAAGAUCCCAGGGGCAGAAAGCCAGAAUGCCUGCGCAAAAGCGCCGGCUCCCAUCGCCGUCUUCGAAACCCCGCGACGACGUCGCGGCUACAGCCUCUGAUGCCGCCGCCGGCGGAGGCGUAGGAGAAGGAAGAGGAGGACGCCCGCCGCUGCCGAGCAGGGACGCCGCCAAACGGUGGUUGACUGACCCGGAGCCACAGCAAGGAUUCGAAGACGAUUCGGACGCGGAGGAUGAUGGCGGCGCGGACGGCGACAGCGAGUUCUCCCAGAGCGACGGCGGCGGCAACGACGGGUUUAUGCUAGUGAAAUUAGCAGAGAUAAGGAAGGAGGUUCAGUGCCCUAUCUGUUUAGGCAUUAUUCGGAAGACAAGGACAGUUAUGGAAUGUCUGCACCGCUUCUGUAGAGACUGCAUUGACAAAUCUAUGCGGCUAGGAAAUAAUGAAUGCCCAUCGUGUCGCACUCAUUGUGCAAGUCGACGUUCUUUGAGGGACGAUCCUAACUAUGAUGCACUGAUUGCAGCCUUAUAUCCAGAUAUUGAUAAGUACGAGGAAGAGGAACUUGCUUUUAAUGAGCAGGAGAUGACUCGGAAUCAAAAGAUACAAGAAACCAUUGAGGAAACAUUCCGAAGACAGUCCCAGGCAAUUGGUAAGAAACGUUCUAUAGCAAAAGAAACUGGCACUGCCUUUGCAAGGAAGUACAGAAGAAAUAUGCGAACACGGGGGAGAGGUAGAACUACUACCCCUGAUAUUGCUCCUACUAGCUCAAAUGAGGAGGAUAGGGAAGGAGAAAAUGUCAAUGAGGUCACCAAAGUACCAUCUUCUGCUGACGAUCAUUCUCCAGAUUUAAGACAGAAAAGAUGCAGGAAGACGUCCACAUCACAAGCAUCGCCUGCUAGAAACAUUGGCAGUAGUGAUCACAGCUUUGAGGAGAACGAUGAAUUAGUUGCCGCAAAAGAAAUUUUAGCCACCUCUCCAUUGCGAGGGGAGAUGCUUGCAUGGGGUAAAAAUGGUACACGGAGCCAAAAUCGACAUGGCAGUGCUGGUUCAAAUGGCAGGAUUGGAAGGAGCGGGCGCAUUGCCAAAUUGGUGGAUCACCUAUGUAAUGCUGAUGAAAUGGAUAAAGAGUUCCAGUUGUAUCUGGUUCUGCUUCCUGUCGAUGGACAAACCAUACCUCACUUGGAAAAGCCUUAUCUAAGUUGUCAACCAACCUUGUCCAUUCAACAUCUUGUAGAGUUAAUUGCUCUUCAGUUGUCUCGGAAAGUCGAAGAACUUGAGAUGUACAUAAGGAUGGACGGCGACCAUGGAAGUGUUGGCUCGAUGGCUUGCAGUAUAGGUGAAUUUGAUGGCUUGGAAAGGCUGAGGGAAGAUAAACUUCUUUCGGAACUUCAUCCUUCGUUUGCCUCUAGCAACGGUGAUCUGGAGUUGCGAUAUGCUUUGAAAACUCGAGACUAGAUCAGUUUUAAUCUUCAGCUACUAAUUUAUGAAGUCACUGUCCAUACGGUGGUGAUGCAAAUGAGAUCUGCAUCUGGUGAACGGAUUUAUGUAAAAAGAAUAUUCAAUGUGAAAAAAUGGUGAACCUGUUUUUCUGAUGAGUCUUGCUAGGUUAAUUUACCAACUUUGUAAAUAUAUAAUGAACUGAAUUGUGAAUGUUUGCAGUAGGUGAACAUGCUGUCUAAUAUUUAUAUUCACUGUUCAUUUAUAUGA